AUUUACAUAAUCACAACAUCUUGGUUCUCAAAUGGUUCUAUAACAAUAUCUUGUCCUGGUUUUAUGUUAGCAACGAACCAGUCUAUCCUCCUCUGCAUUUACGCAUUGCCGCAUUUCGAUACCCUCAUCCCUGUACCAUAAUCUAACUCUAUCAGUCUUAUUGUCCUCGUUCCCGCCCACAACGAGACAUCCCGUCACUCAUCCAUGUUCGAGACAGCACUCGGGCACCUCAACUCCACCCACAUCCGACGGGCGUGCACGUCACAUGAGCUUGUCAUUGUUGACGACGAUUCAAAAGAUAACACGUCGGCACUCACGCUAAAAUUGGCACAGCAGUACUUCAAGGGCGAUAUUCGAGUCAUCACGCUAGAGAUGAACCUUGGGAAUGGCGGUGUGGCUAGAUGGUCUUUAUACUCCUUGUAUGUGUGUUCUUCCUGUAUCUCAAAUGGAACAUUCUGAGGGACCACUAUGCGAUUGACGCUCUUCCCGUGGGUAUUUGUUUCUUUAUGACAAGCCCAUUAUUACUUUUGGAGAGACAGGAUGACUACGAACACCAAGCUUAGGUGCAUACGGGGUGUCCCUUUUUUUUUUUUUUCAAAAUUUGUCGGUCGAUAUAUCUACAUAGACAUACAGACGUUGCGGUCAAUUUGGGACACAAGAGCGGUUUGUUUAACUGAUACCGAUUAACUGUAAGUCAAGUUUCUUUCGGAUGAACUGAACGACCUACCAGCUCCAGUGCAAUUUGGCGAUCCUAUGUUUAUCAUGACGCACUCGCCAAAUGAGACGAAGAACUUACUAGAACCGUUGCAGUGACUUGAAAAUAUAUUGAUGGUUCCCCCCUCCGCAAUAUAGUUGUUCUGAAUGAUUAUGGUACAGUUGUUUGGUGGGCUCG